AUGCCGUCGCUUUACUCUGCUCCCUCGUCCACGGACGGCGAAGCCGCCGCAGCGGAGCUCAGGUUGAGGGAGGCGGAAGAGCGGCUGCGGGAGGCUAUCGAGGAGCUACACCGCCACCACCACCACCACCACCACCACCACCGAGGUAAAUCCGGGAACAGUAGCGAAGAAGCUAAUGUCCUCGAUUGUGACCACCCCGGCGAAUCCUGCACCGCCCAUGCCGUGGGCAAUCUCUGCCAGAGUUUCUUGCUAUCCUAUGGCGUCAGGGUGGGGAUCGGAAUACUUCUCCGCGCUUUUAAGCUGGCGCGGCGUCAGUCGUACUCGUCCAUCCUAGAUCUCAAGGUGUGUACAACACUCCUUUCAUAUUUCAGUUCUUUUUCUUUACUUGGGAUCGAGGUAUAUGCAAUCUUAACCGUUGAUGCACGGAAGCUUGUGAAAGAUUGAUAAAUUCACAUCAUUGGAUUAGUAUAAUAUUGGUUUUUUCAGUUCCAAACCACCUAAUAUCAUUGCAGUAUUAAGUUUUCGACGAUCGAAAUUCACCAAUUCAUCAAGUUCUUUUUGGAUUUCGUUGAAAUGCAAUUCAGUAUUGUGUGCAGUGAUUUUUUCUCACAAGUUGAAUAUAAUGCUGGGGGAUACGAUGUAUCCUCUCAAAAUUUGUUCUUAUUCUCUUUUUAAUGUUUGCAAAACAUGUUAGCAAUUGUUUUUGAAUCAGAAGUCUUUUUUCGAAUUUUACUUCAAAGUUGAGUGGCAGGGAAAAAAAUAACGCAUCACUAUUUUCGUCCACAUGUUUCGCUUCCAACUGCUGAACUCGGAUAGGAAUUUGUUAACUUUACAAGCUUGGAGCCAUAUGAUUACGGUCGAUUCAGGCUUUUAGUGAAGGGAAGUGAAAAGCAUAAAAUCUUUCUUUCGAAUCAAAAGUCUGCUGAAAUCCCCCAAAAUUCGCAGUUAAGUCCUAAUCUCCGGGAGCUGAAAUUUCCCACCUAAUGUAGAAAGCGCGGAAUUUGGACGUUUCUCCAUCGAAUUUUGCAUUUAGUUUCUGACUUGCGUCCAACUAUAUGUCAAAAAAUCAACAUUGUUGCAUUGGUUUCAAUCUUUCUUUAAAGCCUAACGGGUUAUUUGAAGAGAAACUUAAAAAUAUUUAUUUUCAUAAGUUAGCAGUAUACUCUCAAGAAGCAUCUUUAUAUUCUUCUCAUUGUGGGUCAUAUUUUAGUUAGAAAUCUGUCCGAUAAAAUCCUUAUUAGAGAUGGCUCUGGUGGAAUGACUUAUAUGUCGAUUGCUUUCAGGUUUAGCUGCGGUAUGUUUUUUAUUUUUAUGAAAAAUAAGAUAAAUUUGGAUUAUUCUAUAGAACAGUACUCAAUUGUGACCAUUCUACAGUGAUAACUGUUUGACACUUAUUUGCAGCAACUUGUUUCUGAGAAGGAUUUGAUAGUAAGAGAGGAAGCAUGUCGCAUUGGGUUGCUUUUUGGUGGCUUUACUGGAUCAUAUCAUGCUCUUCGAUGCUUCUUGAGAAGAUUUCGAAAGAAAGAGACACCUUUGAAUGCGUAAGUUUAAUAAACAAGUGUGAUAUUCGUCUAAUUUCAAAUUGGUGUUUCAAAGUUAGUUGCCCAAUGGAUUCUCGGAAUUUGACUGAUUAAUGUGAGGCUUUCUUUAAAUGUGAAAUAGUUUUGUGUCUAACUCUAUGUGAAAAAAUGCAGUGGCUUCUCAAGUAUCACAACAGAAAACAAUAUACCUUAGACUAGACUGUUCUCACCUAUUCUUGAUUGUGAGCAUGUUUAUGGCACACGUUUCAAUCUGCGUGAUUUGGUACUAUUCUUGAAUAUAUUAGAAUACUAGACGUUUUUAAUUAUAAAGAAUAAAACAUUUGCUAAUUGUGUGGAAAUAAAUUACUUGGACCAACUCAUUUGGACCAGCCGUCAUUUUUGGACUAAUGAGUCGGAACCAUGUGAGAACUAGAAGUCUACCAUCCUAUAAGUGGACAAACACCUCCAAGGUCAGUUCACAUUCAAAACGUACUCAUUCAGAAACUAGUCAACUUGACUUGGAAGCAACACAUUCCAACUCAUAAGAAUUCUUCCGACCAACCCCAAGUCAAUUCAAUCAGUAAAUAAUAUAGAGGAAAAGAUAUAAUUAUAAAUUUAUAAAGUGUGUCUCCAAAAGAAUUUACUAGAUAACAAGAGUAAAAUUUGUAAAAUUGAAUGAUCAGUAGGUUUUGAAAAGUCAAAGUUUUUUCGAAGAUAUGAAAACCAACCAUAUUUGUAAUAAAGUCACAAUUGUUUAAGAUACUUUAUCAUGGAAGGGACGGUAUUUUUUGUUUUUGGGAGGGUUGGGGCUGGAGAUAGUUCCGUCAUCUUGGUGUUGUCUACAACAUCUUCAACAAAAGGGUAUUUGAAGAGUGUACUCUUAUGUUUAUCCCUUUUGUCUCCUUGAUUUUAGUAAUCUGUCACACUGCAGAUCUUUAAUUAACCAGCAUAGUAGCAGCAGUCUCUCGAAUACUGAGGCCGGAUAACAUGACAAAGCAAUGGUGGUGAUUGUUCCUUCCCUAUCUUCUUAUUCUUUUUUUCUUCUUCAUCAUCUUUCUUUUCAUAGUAAGAAUGAUUGGCACUUUUGAAAGCACCUUAACCCAUUUGAGAUUGCCCUUGUAAUAUCCAAGCCAACUCAAUUGUCAUGGUUACCAAGUCAGACCCCUGAACUCAGUGUGGUCACAGAUUAAGACUGGGGAUAUGUCUCGAGAAUAAUAAGAUAUCAAUGAGUUUGUCAUGGACGCACGGAUGUUACAUUUUUUCUAGCGUUGUUGCAGUCAUCUACAUCGUCAACCAGUUUUCAACUAAUUAGCGUUGGGGCUGCAGACCCAAUUCUGCUGUAUGUCUAUUAUAUACGUCAUGUUUAUAAUUAUCUUGUGUUGUCACUUUUUUUUAUAUUCACUCUAAACAGCCAAUAUUUUCAAUGCGUGUGAAACAAGAUGUCAAGCACAGUUACCCCUCAAAACUCGGAUUUUGUAUCUCAUGUGAAAUUGCAAUGGAACUGUUCUAGGACCCUACUGUAUGGACAACACGUGCUUGACAUGGUUGCUUUUUUAAUUUAGUCCCUUCCAAAAUUACCUGUAAAACUAGUAAUGCUCCUUUCUCUGGUUUUCUUAUGGAGUGUGGAGUCAUGAUUCCUCCUCCAUAUUCAUGACUGAGUUGAAGGUCAUGAUGGAACAGAAUUUUAGCAGGUUCAAUUGCUGGACUCUCUAUACUGGCACUAGAUGACUCAAGCAGGAGGCGAACACUUGCUUUGUAUCUAGCAGCUAGGCUUGCUCAGGUAUGUUAAUCAUCUUUGGUGAACUUCUUUUACUGCUUGCAUACCAUUGCUGUUUUCUAACUUUUUUUGGUUCUGUGAUCUUGUGUUUGGCUUCAGUGUGCAUACAAUUCUGCAAAAUCAAAGAAUAAGUUUCACUUUUGGGGAAGCCAUUGGAGCCAUGGGGAUGCCUUGCUAUUUACAUUAGCAUGUGCCCAGGUGAUUUUAACCUUGCACCUGUUUAGCAGUUUAUGAAAGUACCUGUUUCAAACAUUUCUGUUUGGAGUUCAUGUGCUUGUGUUGAUUAUUUCCUUAUAGGUCAUUGCAACUAUUGCUCUUUUCUGAAUGCCCAACUUCCAGUAGUCUCUCUGCAUUGUCAUCAACAAUGCAGUGAAAGUGUGAUAAAUUGAACAAUGCCAUCCUGUUGGUUUCAUUUAAUCAGAUUAUCAAGGAAAUAGUGAGUAUUCUCUCUGUGGAAAAUAUCUGAAUAAAGCUACUAAAAGGCGGGCAAUUGGUAAGGGUGGGGCUUUCCAAAGUUGAUAAUGAAAAUCAUCACAAAAUUAGAUGGUUCUCUUGGGAAGCCAUCUUCUAUAAAUAUAGAAACCAGGGGCGAACAGGUAACCUCUCUUUGGUCUUUGCUCAUCAUCGCUUUCAUAAUCUGCUUCAUGUCAAUGUUUGGCAAAUGAUGAAACUACUUAAACCCUGUUGAUGUCAUCUAAACAUCUGAUUAUUAACUACUUAAACCCUGUUCUUGCUCAUGUCAAUGCAUUUUUCAAACGGAAGCGUUCUUUGUCUCAGUAAGAAAUAUGCAUUUGAAAGAUGCGACUGAUUGGUACUUGAUCUGUGUUGCACUUUAUGACUAAUUGAGAUUUAAAGGAUAUUGAAAGUGAUAAUUUAUUUGCUGAUCCUCCAAUGGAGAACAGUACUUUCCGCAACAUUCCAUGCUUCACCCUCAUUAUUUUUUGUAACCUUUUCCAUCUAGCUUGUUUUCUUGAUAGAUUCGGAGUUCAAUAGGAUAUUAGUUUAUAUAGAAAGUAAUCCACAGUGAUCACAUACAUUCUUCUUGGUACCAAAGACUCUUAGGUAAUUGUAAAACUGUUAACACCAAAUUUCAUCCCAUUUCAGGUGAUGUAUGCCUUUGUAAUGCGGCCUGAAAGCUUGCCCAAAUCGUAUCAAGAUUUUAUACAGAAGACUGGACCAGUUGCAGAACCUGUGUAUAAGGCUGUAAGGGACAACUGUAGGGGUUGUGCUGUGGAUGUUGCGGCUCUCUCAGACUAUUUAUCGGGCAGAAAGGGGUUCAGUUCUAUAAACUUGGAGGAAUACCCAUCCAUAAUCCCCUGUUCUAUCAUUCAUCCAGACACGAAAUCUUGCAUUGUUCAAAAUGCUUCUGCAGCCUCAGAGACUUUCAGAAAGACUUUCCCUCUAUAUUUCUCGUUGACAUUCGUACCAUUCGUUGUCCUACAUCUAAACAAGGUACCAUCUUCUCUUCUGCUUUUUUUUCUGACAGAAUUUGGAAUUAUUUCGUCGGUGAAGUCUUGAAAUUUACUAACCGACUUCAAGUAUUCUGUUCCUGGAGGAGAAAAAUUGAAGCAUGUAUAAAUAUGGUGUCUGCUCCUGUUUUUCUCUGGAUAGAACUCAAAACCAGCUGAUCACACAGCCCAGCUCAGCCAAACUGAAGAGGAGUGUGUGUUGGGGGCCCGGGAAGAGUACUGAACCAAUCCUCUAUGAUAUUUGUAGUGCUUUCCAAAACCAGUCGAAGUAACUGAUAACUGACCUCUACAAUCCUCAAAGUGGCCAAUUCUAGACACUUUGCCUACUCGUCUGGCCGAUCUCUACUCUCUUCUUACUUAAAUAUGGUAGUUUCUGCCAAAAGUGCUGUCAUUGGGAGAGGAAUACCAGAGCACGACUCAUUGGCAGAGAGUGGAGGAGCGAGAAAGUAAUACAACUCCAUCUCUGAUGUUGCCACCAUGUUCCCUCUCCACUCCGCUUCCAACUUUGACUACUCUUCUUUCCUUCUACCCACCACUGUUUCUCUGCUUAUGAUUUUAUUUAUUACUACCCUUCUCUUUCCUUCUCCUCUACUCUCAUCAGCCUGAAGAUAUUUCUCCUGCUGUGGGAUCCUGCAGUUUAUGGAGAACCCUCUUCACACCUGCUGGUAUGCCCUCACGGGAGCGGUUCGUUCUACGUCUUUCCUCUCUGGAUUCGUGGGGAUAUUUCAGGUAACUGUAUUCUCCCGUUACCUUUCCAUAAAAGGCAUUGAAUUCUGUUCUUUAUCCCUCACGAUGAUCUAUUGGGCGGCACAAGGCAGUCAUAUGCCUCCACAGAAAGAUUGCCACUAAGGACCACAAACUUGUAUACUGGCUUGGUGGUGGGAUGGCUGCUCUCGCUGUUCUCCUAGAGAAGAAGACCAGGAGAGGGGAGCUGGCGCUGUAUGUUCUUCCCAGAGCUGCGGACUCUCUGUGGUAUAUCCUCGUGAAUCGCCAUCUGCUCCCAGACAUAAAGAACGCUGAGGUAUGAAGCACUCCAUUGUUACCUACCUCUAGGUAUUACCCAUUCAUAUCCAUGAACCCUAACUGCUCAAGAUUAUAUGAAAGCGACUGAUCGACAGGCAAUUAUGAUUUUCAUGUAUGAGCCUAAAGUGAGGCGUGUGAUAUGGCAGGUGCCUCUGUUCUGCUUGUGCAUGGGGGGGAUAAUGUACUACUUGGAGCAGGAGCCGGAGACCAUGACUCCACUGCUCAGGGGCCUAAUCCGCCGCUUCCUCGCGAGUAGGAUCAGCAACCGGAGCCUGUCCUCUGACCGGAGCCCCUCCUACUCUUAUUUACCGUCUGCCGCUGCCCCCCCCGAUAUGGCUGCUCAGUCAACUGCAGCAGAGGAGAAGACUGCAUCACUGGAGAAAUCAUUUUCUGGGCUGUGA